UCCUCUGAGAAACUAAAAGUGAAAAAGGAGCUUUCUUUCCCUUGAAGGAAGGGUAUUAAAUGAACUAACCCUUGUCUUGGGAAUACUUUUUUUUUUCCCUCAGGCCCAACCCCCCACCCCCCACCCCAAAUAUCCUUCCUUAAGCACCCUACUCUGGGGCGGGAGCUGAAGAUUCAAUCCUGGAGUCAGCCCUAUCCAAAGAGCCUGAUUUCUGAUGACUACAACAGCAGGUCUACCCACUGAAAAGAGGGUUGAGAAUUUUGUUCCCAGCCCUUCCUGUUCCAUAUACAUAUUUGAAUUUGAAUCAGUUUGAGUGACUGUAUCCUGGACACUUCUCAGAGAUUUAGGAUACCACAGCUUGCUAUCUGAGGGGAUGCCCUACAGUCACUGAGGCAUCAUGCUCUUGGGCUGACUUUUGAGAGACAAACACCACAGCCUAGAAGCUUCCUCCUGUAAGGUGGGAGCAAGACCUGACCUGUGCUGUGUGUGUGGCAAAGCAGGCCCCUUCCCAGCUAUGAAACCUACAUAGUAGUACACCAUGAUACUCCACUUAUGAGGCAUGUGAUGAAGAGCACAGUUUGGCUUUGGAGUGAUCAGAAUCAGAGGAACUGCUGAGAACUUGGAGCCCAGCCCUGGCCACUUGAAAGCCCACAACACAAUGAACAAAUUGAACUUUCAUAACAACAGAGUCAUGCAAGACCGUCGAAGUGUGUGUAUUUUCCUCCCUAAUGAUGAGUCUCUAAACAUCAUUAUAAAUGUUAAAAUUCUGUGUCACCAAUUGCUGGUCCAGGUGUGUGACCUACUUAGGUUAAAGGACUGCCAUCUCUUUGGACUAAGUGUUAUACAAAACAAUGAACAUGUAUAUAUGGAGUUGUCACAAAAGCUUUACAAAUAUUGUCCAAAAGAAUGGAAGAAAGAGGCCAGCAAGGUACGCCAAUACGAAGUCACUUGGGGUAUUGACCAAUUUGGACCACCAAUGAUCAUCCACUUCCGGGUUCAAUAUUAUGUGGAAAAUGGACGAUUAAUCAGUGACAGAGCAGCAAGAUACUAUUAUUACUGGCACCUGAGAAAACAAGUUCUUCAUUCUCAGUGUGUUCUCCGAGAAGAGGCCUACUUCCUGCUGGCAGCCUUUGCCCUGCAGGCUGAUCUUGGAAACUUCAAAAGGAAUAAGCACUAUGGAAAAUACUUUGAGCCAGAGGCUUAUUUCCCAUCUUGGGUUGUUUCCAAGAGAGGGAAGGACUACAUCCUGAAGCACAUUCCGAACAUGCACAAAGAUCAGUUUGCUCUGACAGCUUCCGAGGCUCAUCUUAAAUAUAUCAAAGAGGCUGUCCGACUGGAUGAUGUAGCUGUUCAUUACUACAGAUUGUAUAAGGAUAAAAGGGAAAUUGAAGCCUCUCUGACCCUUGGAUUGACCAUGCGAGGAAUACAAAUUUUUCAGAAUUUGGAUGAAGAAAAACAACUACUUUAUGACUUCCCCUGGACAAAUGUUGGAAAGUUGGUGUUUGUGGGUAAGAAAUUUGAGAUUUUGCCAGAUGGCUUGCCCUCUGCUCGGAAGCUUAUAUAUUAUACAGGGUGCCCUCUGCGCUCCAGACACCUUUUGCAACUCCUGAGCAACAGUCACCGCCUCUACAUGAACCUGCAGCCUGUCCUGCGUCACAUCCGGAAGCUGGAGGAAAAUGAAGAAAAGAAGCAGUACCGGGAAUCUUACAUCAGCGACAACCUGGACCUUGACAUGGACCAACUAGAGAAGCGGUCUCGGGCUAGUGGGAGCAGUGCAGGCAGUAUGAAGCACAAGCGCCUGUCGCGUCACUCCACAGCCAGCCACAGCAGUUCCCACACCUCAGGCAUUGAAGCUGACACUAAACCCCGGGAUGCUGGACCAGAGGAUAGCUAUUCUGGCAGUGCCAUCCACCGCAAGCUGAAAACCUGCAACUCCAUGACCAGUCAUGGCAGUUCCCACACCUCAGGAGUGGAGAGUGGCGGCAAGGACAGGUUGGAAGAGGAUUCACAAGAUGAUGAAAUAGAGAUGUUGGUUGAUGACCCCAGGGACCUGGAGCAGUUGAAUGAAGAGUGUCUGGAAGUCAGCCCAGACAUGUGCAUCUAUAUCACAGAGGACAUGCUAAUAUCUCGGAAAUUGAAUGGACACUCUGGGUUGAUUGUAAAAGAAAUUGGCUCCUCUACCUCGAGUUCCUCAGAAACAGUUGUUAAACUUCGUGGCCAGAGUACUGAUUCUCUUCCACAGACUAUCUGUCGAAAACCAAAGACCUCCACUGAUCGACAUAGCUUAAGCCUUGAUGACAUCAGACUUUACCAGAAAGACUUCUUGCAAAUUGCAGGUCUGUGUCAAGACACUGCCCAGAGUUACACUUUUGGAUGUGGCCAUGAACUGGGUGAGGAAGGGCUCUACUGUAACAGCUGCUUGGCUCAACAGUGUGUCAACAUCCAGGAUACUUUUCCAGUCAAAAGAACCAGCAAAUACUUUUCUCUGGAUCUCACUCAUGAUGAAGUUCCAGAGUUCGUUGUAUAAAAUGUGUCUGUAUGCAGCUAAAUGAGCUGUGAAAGCCAUGAGUUGUUUUUUACUUACUACUUGUGCCAUAUUUUCUUCAUCUUAAACAUAGAGCUCUUCAUAAUAUUUAAGAUGGAAAUAAAAGCCUUGGGACAAUUGCACUUUAAGUAUUAUGCAGAGGUAAAAGAAACAGAAUGUACAGUCAGACAAGUGCUCAGAACUUCACUGAUCCUUUGGAGGGAAAAUGUGCUUUACUUAUAACAAAGUCUUCAAAAUAUUAAAACUGUGUUUUCUUCAUUGUUUUGUUCUUUAGUCCAGUUAUACUUAAUAUCAUGUACUUUGCCAUGUGAUAGAUGUUUUCAGGUUUGUCUGUUUGCUUGUAAUUAUUUUUAUAACUCUCUCAUGAAAUUCUCACUGUUUGAGGGAGGAGAGAAAAAAAAUCUCUCUUUUAAAGGAAAGACCAUUACUGAGUGCAUAGCCAUUGCUGCCUCACUGGGCCUAUCCCAAAGUGAAUACUAGUGAAGUAGUCACAGUCAUGUGGUUUUAAAAAACCAAAGAUAUGUACAUAACUGAAGCACAGCCAAGGGAAGACAUGAAUUAAGCAAUAACCAGAAGAUUGUGCAUGCUGUGAUGCCUUGUGACCCCUUCACGCCUCGUCAGUGCCAUAAUCUGGUCAUCCAAAGGCUCUAGAAUCCAGUUUAGUUUUCUUAGCAAAGUGGUGGGUCAGUUAUGCUUAUGUUAAUAGUGCAUUUUGUGAACCUUACAAAGUGAGUUUCUCUUAAGUCUAUGGAAAUGCCUUCGGAAAUAUUUAUACUUUUUUUAAUCAAGAGCAAAUUAUGGUUAUACUAGUUUCUGCUUAACCAAAACCACUAACUAUAUAUAUCAUACACACACAUAUAUAUCAUACACACACGCGCACGCACAAACACGUGCACACACACACACACACAUAUAUAUAUGAAGUUAUGCAUGCUUGAAUGUGGUUAAUGCUUACUAAGUCUUCAGUUUGGUUUCCAUAACUGUCUUGUAUACAUGGUAUUUCUUGUCUAAGAUGGAAAAUAUGUCAUUGUACGAACAGUGUCUAUAGACAAUCAGGUGGUAUAUGGGAGUUUAAGAAUGUCUAUUUUCUCCCUUGUCAUGAUUUUUAAUCUUGGUUGGAUAGUAAAAUAAUCUGGGGAUCUUGGGGGAAAAAAAGAGUCCCAUCUGGGACCAAUUCAGUCUUCUGGUGAGACCCAGGUAUGAUAGUCUUUCCUUGUAGAUAUCUAAUAUGCAACAAAGUUUAAAACAGUUAUCCUACAGAAUAAUUUUUUGUUAAUUUUGAAGUAAAAAUACAGAGUAAAUGGCGAUGUCAAAGAAAGGGCCACAAUUUAAAUGGCUAGUACCAUUGCUAUAAUAGAAUACAUAAUGCCAAUAAGUCAGAAGUAAACAUAUUAACCUUUAAAUGUACAGUAGCAGUGCUGCUUGCACUUCAGGAGAGAAUUUCAGCACAAUGUCUUUCUAUGAGAUGUUUUUAAUGAUUUCAUAUUUUACAGCAUUUGUUUACCAUAUUUUGUAUACCAUUUUUUCUAUCUACCAGGUUUUACUAAGAGAACUAUAUAUUGUUUUCUAAAGAAUCAGUCCUAUUUUUAUACAGAAAUAAGUUUUCAGGUAACAAAGAAAUAGAUGUAGGGAACAGCAAGACAUGCAGUGUUACCCAUGUAUGGGAGUCAGUAUUAUAAACACAUGAAGAGUGUGGACAAACCCCCCCUUCAGUGUCUCCAUGCAGAUGUUAUAGGGCAGUAUGUACACAAUAAGCCUGGUCAGGGUAGUUUAGACUCAUACCUUCAAAAGAAAAAAGUUAUAUAGCAAUGGAAUUAUUUUUGCUUUUAUCAAAGUAUUUUAAAAGAGCCAAAGUUUCAGAUAUCAGAAUGUAUAUAAGAGUUAUCUCAGCCUCUAUAUGAGACAAUCAUCUAAUGACUUUGAUUUCUAAGCCAUUGAAUGAUCCACUAUUUCUUACAGAUGCUUCUGUGACAGAUGCUAGUGAAGUUAGACUCUCUAAAGAUUCCAGAUCCUGAUGUUGUGCAUUUCUUUGUUAUCAAUUAGUGUUUCCUGAAAACAGCAAGAGGAAAAAAAUGUUUAAUUGAGUGAGUAGUGCUUUAUAGUUUCUUUUCUCCACUUCAACCAGAUUCAGGUCUUCAGGGCUUUCGUAGCAUUGUUGGUGGUUUUGCACACCUUUCUAAUUGGAUUUAUGAGUAGUGUUGUAGAUUUUCAAAAAACAAGCAAAUAAACAGUUUUGCUUUUUUAUCCAUUAUUUGCAUCAUAAUUAUAUAUAUGUAUAUGAAAAUCCAUUUUGAAUAUCUACAUUUUGUAUUUGGAAAUUGUUUUUUAAAAGGAAAAGUAUAAAGCUGUUAUUUAUUUUGCAUUUGUUACUGUCCACUGCUAGUCAGUACACCAGUUUGGUAUAUAUUGCCUCUGCACAUCUGCAUUUGAACUUGCAACAGUGAGCUUUAUAUCUACAUAAACUGUAAAUAAUCCUUUCUGUGAAAGGAUCAUCAUCACAGGAUGAUACCAAAAUUGUAUAAAAUGCAUUAUUUUGUAAUUAUUUCUUAUAGGCAUUUCAUGGUAAGAACAGCAGUCAAUAAAGUUACUUUUUAUUUGCA